GACAUAAAUCUGAUUGGGCAACAAGAGACAAAUUUCCACUGUGUGUUGAGCUAAACCCUUUAUAAGGUCCUCACUAGUGGUUUUCCGUCUUAUAUUGUUUCAUGAGAAGCUAAUGGCUGAAAGACUGCAGAACCACAGAUUUCAAGAUACUUUCCCUCCAUCCUCUUUUAAUUUCCUACGCAAAGAAAUGUGUGGGUUCUUCUUUGUCCUGGUGAUGUCCACAGCAGGUGCCUCUGCUUUCAGACUCCAGCAAGUCAAAAGCACAGAAAACUGCCCAGAUCACACCGUGUUUUACAAACACUACUAUGAAAUGCAUGGAGAACCUGUGGUUCUGAAAUGCCCAUUCCCCAGAUACAAACAUUUGGAUAUUUCUGCCUUGACCUCUAAUAUCACAUGGUAUAAAAAUGAUUCAAAAGCUAUGAUAUCAGGAAGAGAUGAAGAUCCAAGAAUCUGGGCGGCAGGAGAUGCUCUCUGGUUUUUACCAGCAAUGCUAGAAGACUCAGGAGUAUAUAUCUGUACCAGAAGGAACUCGUCUUACUGUGCCGAGGUCUCCAUCCAUCUCACGGUCGUGGAGAAAACAGCUGCUCAGGAGAUUGCCUAUUUCCAGGUGCUCUUCACUUUCACCUCUGGAAAGAUUGUUUGCCCUGACCUGUGGGAUUUUACGCCAAACAGGACAAGCCCGGAGCUCAAGUGGUACAAGGAUGCUCUGCCAUUGGAAGACAACAAUGAAAAAUACGUAAUUCUGAAAGGUUCGAAUUCUCUGAUCAUAACUUCUGUGCUACCAACAGACUCUGGCUAUUACACCUGCAAGAUGUCAUUUCCAUAUGAAGAUGUAACGUAUGAAAUCACCAGAACAAUUCAUCUGGAGACUGUUGAACAAGAAAAGAGAUUUACCCCAAUAAUUGUGUAUCCAACACAAAAGACAACAUCAGCUGCUCUUGGCUCAAAGAUGACUCUCCCAUGCAAAGUGUUUGUUGGACUGAGCAGCCAUGUCCAUACUGAUGUGGAAUGGCUAGCAAAUGACACCACCGUCAGCGUGGUUUACAAGCAAAGCAGAGUUACAGAGGGAGAACGACAAGAAAUUGUAGAAAAUGGUGAGAACUUCAUUGAAGUGCCACUGAUUUUUGAUUCUGUCGAAGAAGUGGAUUUUUACACAGACUUUACAUGUCUGGCCCGGAACACAUAUGGCUACCAAGUACUGCCAACAAGGGUCAAGCAGAAAGCUGCUGACUUGUCCUGGUACAUUGCAAUGAUUCCUGUCGCAUUGGCCUGCGUGAUCUUGGGGGGAAUAUGCAUACACAAGUGCUGGAUGCGGAGAGCUGAUAAAGGAUACGUGUAAUAGCAAGGGUUUAAAAUCAUUCUUCGACCUCCAAAAAAUCACCCUGGUUAUCUUUGAUAUGAGGCACAGAGAGACAUUUCAGACCAAACUGUUUUCCCAGCGGACUGAUAUAACAGCUCUUUUCCUCUUCUCCAAGUCUUCUACAAUCUGAUUGAAUUAUAAAUGUAAGUUUGCAUUUUUAUGCUGCACAGAUGCAGGAAACCUGCUUCUAUUAUUUUGCAGCUAGGGUCCAAUCUUUAGCAUUUUGGAACAUACAAUACCAGGAAUGUGCCCUGGAUACUGGAAGGGUAGGAAAACUGAGGCACUCUCACCCUUUGUAAUUCUAACAGUCUCAUUGUUGAAAAAAAAAGGGAAAGAAAAACCCUAAAACUGCAAAACACAAGCUAAGAAAGCUUGCUACAGAAGGACUGUUUCACACCAGAUUGAAAAUGCAGUUUUCUCAAGCAUUCAAUUUUUUUUACUUCAGUCUGAAAACAGCCAUUUUUUUUUCCUUUUCCAGAGCCAAAUACAAUUGUCAUGGCAACUGUAUCUCUAUGAACUUUUCCACAGAAAAUCUAAUUUUUUUCACCAUUUGAAUUACUCUUUGCUUAAAUGGAUGGUCUCAUAAUAUCCCUCUCCCAGAUAUAAAAAUAUCAGUGAAACAGAUUGUUGUACACUGGGGAAUUCAGUUCUUUUUCUCUACCAGUAUCUCACAGGCGGUUGUCAUAUGUUGUUAUCCUUGCCAAAAACAGGAUUUGGAAGCAUGUUUUAGUGUUUUGAGAGUCAUUUGACUAAUCAAAGUUUUAUUCCUGAAGGUUAUUUGACAGAUUACCAGUAAUAAUGUACAGUCUUGCCUUUCUGUGCCUCUAACUCUUUCGUGACUGGCCUGAUUCUCCUCUCUGAUAUCAGUAUAAAAGUCUGGCAUAGCUUCCCAUAGACAAUGGGUCUCCAGCAGUCUAAAGCUGGUGCAGCUUCAGGAACCUUGUGUCCUUUAAACUGAAGUAUGUAAAUUGCUUACUCAUGAUGCAAAAUGAAUCCCAUUAGGUUAAUCUAACUGGAUUCCAAUCUUGACAUAAACCAGAAGGGAGCAAUAAUAAAUCAUUGACUCUGUUGUACCUUGAGGAUCAGAAUGAAUAGAAUGACUUGGUUACUUACUUUUCCAAGACAUAAAACUUGUGAUAGCCGAGAAAUAGUUCGAUCACAUAUAAUGAUUUUAUCUUCAUCUCUAUGAGAGGAGAAGAGAUUCAACCUUAAGGUCUAGGUUGUUACAGACUCAUAACUGAUACCUCUCACAAACACUGAAGAUAAAGUUUUUGUUUGGCUAAAUCAGCCCAAAGUUUUUUCAAACUCUGUAGGAAAAAAUAGAUCACGAAAAAUGUUGACUCCAAAGAAACAUGUUGUACAUUAAGAAUGUGAGAAAUGAAUGUGGUCCCACAAACUAGAAAAAUGGAUGACUCGUAUCCACCUGGGAGAGACCAUGAUCUAAUUUCCAUCAUCACUUAUAGUUCAUUCUGAGUUUAGCCAAAUCAGUAUCUGGAAGGAUUUUAAAGACUAGGAUGUACUUAAAUUAAGAAACCCUUCCAUCUAUUGGCAAGUAUCUUCACUUCUUAUGAGAUUUAAGCCAAAGUCUCCUUUCAAAUAUUCUAAAUGUUUGCUAUGAAGAUAUAGGCACAGAGAUUAGAUUUCUGACACAGUUUGAGUCAAUGGCAACCAAAGAAGGCCACAAGGACUUGGAGUUUUCAAGUGCAGAACGUUAAAGAUGAUGGUAAAGAAUACAUGUAUUUUAUGGGCAGAUGGGAAAAAGGUGGCUGAAAGCAUGGAAAAAAGUCAAUCCACUUGAAUGUCCAUUCUUUGAAGCAAGGAAACUAGAAGCAAACUGACGACGUCUGGAAGAAACAUGAGAAAAGUUUUAAGUACUUCAGGAAUGCUCAGUUUUAUCAAGCAAUUGCUUGUCUGUAGUUAGAGAACAAAUUAGAUUUACUAGUAAGUGUAACCUUUCAAAAUGUGAUUUGCUCUUCCCAUCCAACUGUGUGUGAUUACACAUCUGACUGUAGGAGCAGGCUUGGAUUUCACUAAGCAGUGGGAAAGAAGUAGAACUUUUGGUAUGUGGAGUAUUGGUGCCAUAAGGAAGUUAAAUACCUCAGAUCCUCCUCCAAACUAGAGAAGGAGAAAGAAAUGUGAAUGUGAAAUUAAAAUUAGGCCUUACAAGGAGGAAUGUAAAGAAACAAAGGUUUACCUUUUAUGAAGUGAUAUUUGUUUCUCUGACUACUAGCAUAGUAAUGUUCUGAAGGCUUUCAUGACAGGUAGACCUGUUCAAGUGAACUACAUAAUGUAAAUGUUUUACAGGUGCAACUGUUCAGAAGACCUACAUAAUGUAAAUGUUUUGCAUUGAUUUGUAAUUUUAUAAACAAGGUUAACACAGUCUUUAUUGUUUUUGCAAAUGUUAUGUGAAAAAUGGAAAAAAAAAAGUAAAAACCGAGACAAAGUGCUAGUGUGUGAGUCGGGUGGGAAGGAAGAUGUGAGAUGGCUUUUUGGGGCUGGCAGUUCUUUCAUGGAGAGAUGUGGUUUUUCCAGUGCUCUGCUACAGAGAGGCUGGUCCCCUAGGGCUGCAGUGAUCCCUGCUCCGCGGGGUUGUGGGAUGAACUUUGUCCUUCAGUCACUUCUGCUCCCACCCUGCUCCUGUGACUUGUCACGCUUGAGGAGACCAGACCCUGACAGGCCAAGCUCCUCUCCUUUCUGCCACCACAUUCGUGGCUGUCCUUGCUCUGCAGUCCACUGAGUGUUUGGACUCACUCUGGGCAGGUGAUAUUAGGUGAUCUUUCUCUCUCUGGCUACCAACUGUUGAAGUACUGGGUCCUUCCACUGACUUCUGUGGGGGGAACUUCCAGAAAUGUAGGUUAAAACAGUUACUGUCAGAUGUGAAUUUAUUGUGUGCUCUCCAUGCAGAAAGAUCUGUCUCGAGCAGCUUCCCAAAGGCAAUUUUUUGGUCUUCUUUUUUUUCAGCUGAAAUGUUUCUCUUCAGAAAAAUAAAUGAUGUAAGGAGGAGAAGGCCACCUUGUUCCUGGGACUGUGUGGGUUGAUAGCAUUUGCCAGAGAGCUAAUCUAUCUGCAGCAAAUUCGAAGGAACAUCUACAAAGGGGAAGGAACUGGUUUCCCACAGUCUUGGCACAAUUUAGCAUCCAGGUCAGCAGGCACUCCUGUGGAAAUAUUUUUUUUCAAGAAACUUGAGUUCAGUCAACAAUUACUUUCUUGUUUUACUCAGCAUAUGUGAUCCUCAUGUUAGCUAUCCAUUUUUAGCAUGACUAAUAUUGGACCAGAGUAGCACUUAGGACAAAGUAAACCUGUCACUUGGAGAGCACCAAAUAACUAGAUCUGCUAGUUCCCAAGCAAAACCCUUGAAGAAAUGUGGGAGCAAGCAGAAAUAAGAAUUGGAUUUGUGCCCAAAGCUGAUGUUGGCAGAUCAAGAUACAAAGGUUAUUUUUUUUUUUAUUCUAGUAGCUAGUGAGGGAAGAAGGCAUGCAUACAGGAGGAUAUGAAACAUGUGAAAUACCACUGCCAGGAAUAACGCUUUAAACUUGAAGAUAGCUGAUUAAAGUAUUUGAUGAUUAUUCUGACUUGAAUCUGCAAAGGAAAAACCCAGGAGAGCAAACCAAAGUAAGGAAUAGAUCUUGUGUUUUGGAGCUGAGCACUCCCUGUCCUUUCAUAACCUUGAAGCUGCUAUAGAGAGCCUAGGGUGGAGUGCCUCUCACCCAGCCUUUAACCAGACAAAAGGAAUAGAGCUGGUCCAAGCCAGCUAUUGAUGUUUCCUCUCCACUCAGCGCAGAAGUUACCUCUGGUGCCUAAAAUACAUUGUAUGAAUUACCCUCUGGAGAUGCCUGUCUUUUUCCACCAGCUUAAGGCAAAGUGAGGUGAAUCCACCCUUCAUUACAGAAAAGAUUGGUUGUGGACCGCUGGAUUUCAGGUCAUCAGAGAGGUUAUAGAAAGAAACAAACUUAAGCUUGGAGACACCCUUUCACGUAGUUGAGGCUUCUGAGCUGCCUUGGGACAUUACUUUAAUGCUGGUAGCUCCCUGUGCAGAGCUUAGGGUACAAGCUUAGACUAAAUGAAAAUACUGUAAGAGGCUGGGAGGCAGGCAUAAAUACAUGUAUUGGGGUCUCCAACAUAAGAGACAGGCUGAAAAUAUCUGGUCAAUGCCUUGGAAAAAUGUUUGUGGCUCAUGGAGCAUAUGGUCAUGAAAUGCCAGAGCUAUUACAGGAAGAAAAGAAAGAGCUGCAGUGUGUGUGCAUGACUGAAGUACACAGAGCCUCUAUGGAACCAGAAGGAAGUUUGCUGUGUGACUGCAGGUGAGCUGGGGGCUCUCAGUGCAAGCAUGGGGCUGCCGGCCCUGCAACAGCACUCAGCCAGCUCAGCUCCCACUGCAGCCAAUGCCUGCUGGCUUCUAGCAGUGCAGACCAGACAAAAUAUUACUAUGUAUAAAUGGUAUAUUAUAAGACCAACCUGCUGCCAGUGGACAAACACAGGCUGUCAAUCAGAAAACCUAUAUAUACAUAUGAAAAUAAAUAUCUUUAGUUCAUUGUACUGGAAAUAUAUCGCAGCCUAUUCUUUACCUAGUAUUCAUGAUGUAAAGAGCUCAAUAAAGCAGAUGAAAUACAGCAUAAAUCAGUUUUCAAGAAGGACAUAUUUUUAUCUUCCUGAAGUUCCUCCAGGGAGAGCCAGGCACCUAAUAAUAUCAGGAAAACUUUUAAAAACUCACAUAGAUAUAAGCUCCCUUGUUGGAACUUAGGAAAUUAAUCCAUUACUGAAUCUCUAAUGACAAAGUGUAGUUUGGUCUCAUAGCUGUGUGUACCUCCUACCAAUUUUAGGGUUUUACACUAAUCUAAACUGUCAGAGAACCUGAUGACAACUUCAGGUGUAAACAGCAAAGUCCUUUGUAACGUGUUGAAAAAGUUGAUCUCUCAGUCCUGACAAAAAGUGAGGCUCCUCUCUUUCUCACUGAUUUUACUGAUUUGUCAUCUGUUGAGUAGUGCCACAGGAACUUCACUUCCAUGUACUUAAAUUUCAUAGGAAUAUGACUCUGCACUUCUUUAUAUACACUGAGGCAUUCCUGGUGUUUCUGUCUCGGGGGCUUGAAUGGUACUUUUUUUGUUUAAAGCAUUAGAGGUCCUGUUUUGCCUUGGUUAUGAAGGAUUCAUCCAUCUGUUAAGCUGUGGGAUAAAUGAAUCAUUCUGUUUGCUUGCUUUGGCACCCAAAUGUGCUUCGUCAUGAGUGAUACGGAGGUCAGACUAUGACUGGAAAUAGUUGAUACUAUGCUUGUUUACUUGCAAAAGAAAAUACUCUCAAGUGACUUGUGGAUUUCAAGCUGGAGACACAGCUGAACUAAAUCAUUAAAGAGCACUGUUACAUGUACGGUCAAUAUAUUGCUACCACUUUUCCUUUUGACUGGGACUUCACAUAGCUGGUCUUCAGCCAAUUUAAGAACCUUCAGAGGAGGCAGCAGGCAAACCACAGUGGUUUCUCAGCUUUCGUCAUCACAUGCUGGUCAGACUGUGGAUGCUGGAGACUCCUUCUUGUGAUUAUAGGAGAGCUAUUGGCUUGGGGGAGAAACAGAUGCCCUGCCUUUGAUCACAGCUGAUGGGUAGUUUACUUGAGGAGUCUCAGCUAGCAAAAAUGCUGGAGGAUGCACAGCACACAAAAAUCAGUGAUUCACAUCACUGCCUGAGAGUAGCACAGCUGUAUUCUUUACUAGGAAAGAAUAUAUAAGCUUUUAAAAAAAUUAUUAUUAACACACAGAUGUGGUGCCAUUUAGGAAAUAUGGAUUGUAUGGGAGAACAUAAGGAUGAGUAGAAUAGGGUGGCUUCCUAUGGGGAGAGCUGUGACAUGCUGCAAGGACAUUUGGGGAAUGAAGGACUGGUGGCAGUAGGCAAUAUGAGCUUAUUUUCUGCCUGGAAAGGGAAAGACAGGGAAUGGUAACUGCCACUAAACACAUCCAGUGGGAGAGUAAAAAGGCAAGGGUAUAUAAUUAUUGCCACUAAUGAAGGAGACUCAUAUGAAAAAUGCACAACCAAAAUUAAGUUUGCUGCUAAUCAUUGCAACAGUGAGGUCUCGAGAGAGCUUCUCAGCAGGAGUAAUGGCUAGUAAAAGAAACGACUUUUAACCUGGAGCUGGGUACAGCCGUGAAAGGGAUUUGGUGUGUGUGACAGCAGGGGCCUUCUUGUAAGGCUACAUCACAUCCUCUGGCUUUGUGCUCUUUAUUUCAUUUGAAAAAGGAUUGGACAGCUGAAGAUAAAAAAUGCCAUCUAAGUUUAAUUAUGUGUUGUUAUUAUUUCCUCAGUUAUGUGUCCAGUGCCCAUAUGUUACAGCCCUUUCAAGCUUUCAAGGGUGGGAAGAUCAGAAGAAUUAAAUACUGAACACAAUUACUGGAUAUGUUUUUGUAGAUAUAUCCAAGGUACUAAUCUGCUUUGAAGUGCACUGAGAGAUUCCAGUUGCCUCUGGUAAACAGACUUUAAUAAGACUUGGCUUUCCUCCUGGAGGGAGUGAUCCAGUCUCUAAACAAAACUGCAUUGUAAGAGAUGAGUUAGCUCUUGAUAUGACCCAAGUGCCUGUGUUAUGCAGAGAAGAGGAGGAG